UUUCUGUGGAACUGCUUUGUUUCUCUGUUUCUCCAGUGUCUCUGCGCCUCUGACCAAACAUCCGAAAUGCUGCGGGACGUGACGGUUAUUUCAGUUUUGGCCGUGCUGUUUCUGCCUGAAGCUCUGAGUCAAGGCGUCCUCUCCAGGUUCGGUUUGGUGGUGGAGGCUCGAAACAUCACUCUCCCGGCCGGAGCUCGGGCGGUGCUGUCCUGCCGCAGCCCCCGCCUGGUGUGGACCCGGGACAACCUGAGGGACAGGCAGAGGGUGGUGCACUGGGACCUGGUGCGGCGCAGUCCUGAGUAUUCAGUAGAGAGAGUCCUGGACAUGUCUCCUGGAGCGAGACAGAGGGUCUACAACAGCUUCAACAAAGACCGCGUGUCCAUCCCCGAGACCGCCUUCAACGACGGAAACUUCUCCCUCAUCAUCAACAACGUGGUCGCGACGGACAAAGGCGUUUACACCUGUAACCUGCACCACCACUACUGCCAGGUGCACCGGAACAUCCAGAUCCAGCUCAACGUCACCAAGUCAGCUCGUAAAGAACAGCGCUACUGGGACGGAGAGAAGACCGUGUUCGUCGUCUUAUUGGGCAGCUCGGUGGUGCUGCCUUGUGUGAACCGGCGCCCCUUGUGGCGGGAGGGGGCGCAGGAGAGCCAGCAGCAGGUGGUCCACUGGGACUACCAGGCUCCGGGCGUGCGUCCGGACCGAGCGGAGCGGCUGGUGGACCUGUACGCCUCGGGGGAGCGCCGCGACUACGGGCCGCUCUUCAGCCAGAACAAGAUGAGUCUGGACGAAGACGCGUUCACUCUGGGCGACUUCUCUCUGUCCAUCUCCGACCUGAAGACCGCGGACAUCGGACUUUACUCCUGCCACCUCCACCACCACUACUGCGGCAUCCAGGAGCGCCGCAUCUUUAGACUCACCGUGGGAGCCCCGCCCCCAUCCAACCCCGCGACCUCCGCCCCCACCACCGUCCAGAGCAACGAGCUGCCCGAGCCGCGAAUCGAAAACAGCGACGUCUCGAGAGUCGAAAACAACGACGUCUCGAGAAUCGUGAACGUGAUUCUCCCGGAGCAGAAGAGUCAUGUGGUUCAACAUCUGGGAUAUGUCAUGGCCUCGUUCCUCCUGCUGGCCCUGAUCAGUGUGAGCGUGAUCCUCCUCACACGGAGACGCAACAAGAGAGUCGUGGAGUUUGACGUUUACAGAUACGAAAGGAGCAACGUCACAAACACCACGGACGUGUCGCUGGACAGAACGGAGCUGUCGGCCUGUGACCACGAGCCGUCAAACUCAGAAUACAAAAACAACCUCCUGAAAGAACGAGGGAUGACCAAAGACUGUAACAGAGACUCUGAAGCGAAGUUGUGGAAGUGAAGAGAGUUUGAGCUGCUGGCCGGUCCAGAGCAAACAACAAAGACCGAAGAGACGAGGACGGCACAGCGCCCCCUGCUGCGCACAUAACGCCUUUGCUCCUUUCAGCCGCCGUAGCCUCGUGUUUAUACUGAAGCUGAUGCGUUUUCUCUUAGAUAAUCGUGUUUUGUUUCCUGCAUGUUCAUGUAAAGUCUGUCAGUUUCUUCUGGACUUUCGCUCGUUUAUUUCACUGCGUCGGGGAUGUUUGUCAGAAGAAUCCGUCUCUUUCGGCUGUUUCAGUUUCACAUCCUCUGAAGGACUCACUGAAUCUCAGGAAACAAACAUCCAAACGUCUUUUCACUUUUACCUGACCAUGUUGUGCCUUUGAGCAUCGCAUUUGACCUGAAACACUGACACUUCAGAUGUAUCAUGAUGUAAAGAUGCAGUCCUAAUGUUUUAUGUGUUUUUAUGUUUAUUUGUCUGAGGGAAACUUGCUCCGCUGGUCUCGUCCAAUAAAGAUGCAGAAUAUUCAUUUAUCAUUUAUUUCGUUUAUUUGAAAAUCACACAAAACA